GCAUAGAGUGCAUAGCACACUAUGCAGUCUAACUGCCCCUCCUUCUCGGAGGUAGCAUAAAUGUCAGUGUGCAGCACCAAUAGGUAUCUGGAUUUAGAACUCAUGUCAUGCCCUUGAAUUGCCUUGUGCACAGCAGGUGGUGGCUGUGCUGCAAACCCCACUAAUUGACCAUGCUUUGUGUUUCCACAGCCUCUGAGCGUUCUGUCUGCCCCUCUCUGGAUGAGGCACCGCCAUUCUCUGUACCCUUCAAGCCAUAUGCAUGGGGCAGCCUGGGUGGCUCUGAGCUGAGGCAUUUGGUGCAGAGCUACAGGCCCUGCCCAACCCUGGAGCGUACCUCAGCCCUGGGCCUCUUCUGUGAGCGGAGCUCAGAGACUGCCCUCUACAAUGCAGAGCGUGGCUCAGCCCUGGGACUCUACGGUGACUUCGGUUCCCCUGGGUCAGGACUUUUUGAGCGAUCCGCAGCAGCAGCACCAGGCCUCUAUGCAGAGGCCCAGCCUGGGCUGCAGCAGGAGAAGGGCCCAGGUGGAAUCAAGGUGGAGGCAGAGCUUCUAUGUCGCCCCUUACUCAUCACCACCGGCUCCUACAAGUGCGUCAAGUGCAGCAAGGUCUUUUCUACACCUCAUGGCCUGGAGGUGCAUGUGCGUCGUUCACACAGUGGAACAAGACCCUUUGCCUGUGACAUGUGUGGCAAGACCUUUGGCCAUGCAGUCAGCCUGGAGCAGCACAAGGCUGUGCACUCGCAGGAACGCAGCUUUGAUUGUAAGAUCUGUGGCAAGAGCUUUAAGAGAUCUUCCACCUUGUCUACCCAUCUGCUCAUCCAUUCAGACACGCGCCCCUAUCCCUGUCAGUACUGUGGGAAGCGGUUUCACCAGAAAUCUGACAUGAAGAAACACACCUUCAUUCACACAGGUGAGAAACCCCACAAGUGCCAGGUGUGUGGCAAAGCAUUCAGUCAAAGCUCCAACCUCAUCACCCACAGUCGUAAGCAUACCGGCUUCAAGCCCUUUGGCUGUGAUCUGUGUGGCAAAGGCUUCCAGAGGAAGGUGGAUUUAAGGAGACAUCGGGAGACACAACAUGGUCUGAAAUGAGACCUGCCUACAGUCUCGCAAACACCUACAACACUAUGUGAACAGGCUUCCUCAGCUUUCCUGGUGGCCCUGAGCCCUGCCCUUCGCACAGAUCCUGGCAUUACCUUUCUGGGUAGGAGCUCAGAGACAAAAGGAGAGGACAGGACAGCAGCUUUGAAGUUCAACUGGAAGGACUUGGCUGGGGUUUCUUUCUCUUUCUCUCUCUUCUCUCCCUUGCUUUUUUUUUUUUUUUAAACACUGGAAAACAAACAUUUCCACCAGAAGCCUGAAACUCCAAAUGUAGAUAAGCUACAAAACAGCUGUGAGCUGGAAGGUUCUUUGCCCAUGGCAAAGAUGAAAUCCCUCAACUGUUUUUUUUUUAAAUAACUUGCAGGGAAAUAUGGGUAAGAGUUUACAUGAUAAAUACACUGAAAAAUCUGGUAAAUAUUAUAAGGACUGCUUGUUCAGGUCAACUUAACUGUUCAAUAGCUUUUUUGGUCAUUUCGUAACUGGACAGCCAGUAGAGGAGGAGUGGGGUUGGACAGUGCAAUCUGACAUCUUGCUACUUUCAGAGCCAAAGUCUCAGCUUGGGCUAGAUUCUGCUCUCACAUAAUAAUGGCAUAAAUCAGGAGUUACACUGCUGGAAAACUAAGGUGAAAAGAGUCAGGCCCCUUCUGCUUUUCUAAACUGUCUAUCUGUUAUCCACGGAAGAGCUGACUGUAUGACUUUGCUUAUGUAUGUGUGUGUGGAUUGGGAGUUAACUUCUCUCUACGUCCACUAGUGAAGGACUUAACAGAAAAAGCCAAAGCCUUAUUAACUGGAGCUCCUAAGAAUACCUGUUUGUCCCUGAUUGAGAAGGGCAAGACCAAAGGGCCAGACACAAGCUUUCUGUCCAGAAUGACCAUCAUCUUCACCACUCUGGGUUUGAUUAUAAAUAACUGGGAAGUAGCUAACUAGUUACUGAUAGAUUUGUUUGUAUAUUUGGGCUUUUGUAUUUUUUAAUGGUAUUAUACCUGAGGUGGAUAGGAAUCAGAAAAGUAUAAAUAAUUGAUUUUGCCUUAAAUGAUCCUAUGCAUACCUCAGUGAAAAAAAAACACGUUAUUGUUUUUACUUUGUUGGAAGGAUCGUAAAUGUCUUUAUUUAGGU